AUGUUGAUAGCUUCUUGUCCUGCUUCGUCUGAAUGCUUGAUUAUCGCUUCUUAUAGGUUGUGGUCUUAUGCGGAUUUUCUCGCCGGUUCUUUUCCAUCUUCCUCAUCUGCUGGUCUGGGUUCCCCGGCUGCACAAGGAACAAGUGUCCCUCAGCCACAGCCAGCAUCAAUCAUCGAGGAUAGGUUACUGAACGAGUUGUUGGUGGCACCAGGACGAGAGUUGCUUCCUAAGCUGAGCCCAAAUGGAGAACCAAAUACUAGCUGGUUUAGGCGAAGAAAUCGCAAUGCAAUUUGCAAGUCGAUUUUGAAAUGCUUUCACAGUCUCCUUGAGUUUCCUUAUCCGACGUAUGCACAUGUUCCAUUAGAAAUUCAGAAGAUGUGGCUCCGUUCAUUUGCGCAAGAUUGGAACUGGGACCCUGCUUUCACCAAUGAUGUGCGGACAGCCUUUAAUUUGCAGGCUAGAAAGCAGUACACGAGCAACGUGACUGAGUGGAAGAAAAAGUGGAGGCUGAAGAAGGAUAAACCCAUAUGUCUGAAUCAAGAUCUACCAAUUUCUAAUAGAAGAAGCAAGCGUGGUGGAAAAGGUGAAGCAGUACACAAUGGUGGUGCUAAGACACGAGAGGAACGUGAGAUAGAAAUGACUGCUGAAAGGGGUGAUGUGCCACCAGAUUGGUUAGAAUUGAUGAGGGAUAUGCACACCAAUAAACAAACCGGUGAGGUGCAAGAUCCUGUUGCGAGAGAGCUGUUGGCAACUCUGAGUAAGCUGAAGGAGGAGAAAAAGAAGCACAACUUCAGCAGUCUCAUCAGUUGUCUGCGAAUGAUGGAUCUACAGCUUCUAAAUGCUGUCCCGCGAAGAGAUCAACCAACUGGUUCUCGAG